GUGGAGAUGGAGUGCCUGGUCGAGUGGACAGUCCGUCCUUGAAGACCAAGAAACCCAGAAAAGCCCGGACAGCUUUCACGGAUCAUCAACUGAGGACUCUAGAAAAAAGCUUCGAACGACAGAAGUACCUAAGUGUUCAGGACCGCAUGGAGCUAGCCUCAAAAUUAAACCUAACUGAUACACAAGUCAAGACUUGGUACCAAAACAGAAGGACGAAAUGGAAAAGACAGGCAAUGAUGGGGUUAGAACUUCUUCCGACAGAUGGUGCUGCAUUCAGUCGGUUUCCUCGACUGUGGGGUCCGACUCCUUCACCGCUAUGGCCGUACAGUUAUAGUAAUUACCUAUCCACUAUAUCUACUCUCUCCGGACUGACCAAUAGCGGCUUAGCUUCUUCCGGUGGUCCUUCAACUUUAGAGCUCUACCAAAGACAGGCCUCAACUGCGCAUGCUCUGAGUAGCCGCCCUGUGUUACCUCGUCCUCUCUAUCCUGGACAGAAUGCAUACGCUACAAUACAGUCAUUUUACCAAGGACAGACCACCCAGUAAUCCUGACAGAGAUACGUAUUAGCUGAAUGGCCAGUUUGUUAGCGUAGCUUUUGUGAUAAAGACUAUCGGCGGGAAGUCCCUAAGAUUAAGAGAUCUUCAAGGCCUUGCCGUUUACUCUCAAUAAGAGUGUGACGAAUUUAUCUCUAAUUCAGUAAAUAUAUUUGACACUGAGGUUUGACCCAAAAACUACCAAAAUCGCGUUUGUUUUGUUUUAUUUAUUACCUUGAUGCAGUACGAGCUACUGUAUCAAAAAACUCUACCGUCCAAGUGAGUGUUAUUUUUUCUUGUUGAAAAUAUCGAAAUGAGUGUGGAAACAAUACGGCGUUAUCAUGUUGUGCGUGACAACUACUGCGUACAUAUCAUUUUAUUAACUUAAAGUUUUGUUAAGUUGCGUUGAUGCAUUUCGGACAUUUGUCAAAAUCGGUGGUGUCAAAGUUCAAACAUCACAGACGCUUGAUCUACCUAAUUUAAUUAUUAUUGUUGUUUUUCCAACGCUCUAGACCAACAACUCAGUGUUGACGUAUAUUUCGUUGAGGCUGCGUUUUUGUAUGUAAAUUGGGUUAAUUUCAACUACGAAAGGGAAAGGGUGAUUAUCAUAAUGACAAAUGUACAAGUGUACAAAUGUUUCUUUGAGGAUUUUUUUCGUAUAUUCGGCUAAAUCAAAUAAAAAUGAGUUGCUCAGGUAGAAAUCGUAGGAAAGAAGAAAAAAAUACUUAAAACCUUUAUGUUUCGUCUGUUUUCCUAAUCUUAUAAUGUGUAGAACAUAUGCACGUGAAUAAAUGUAGAUUGUUU